AAAGGGGUAGGGGUUAUAGGCAGAGUUAUCGGAGCUAAUAAGAUCAGGGUUUGAGAGCAUUGAGAAAGCGAGAAGCUAUUUUCUGGUUUUCGUUUGCGAUCCUAAGGAACAAGGCACGAAUAUGACAGACAACCCCAAAACAGAGGGUCAAAGCUCAGGAACACCGUCGUCUGAUAAUGCUGGAGAAGGGAAGCAAGAGCCACAGACUAAUAAUCCUCAAGAAACGAGGAUCACUACAGCAAAAGAUAAAGUAGGACAUGUAGUGGAAGAGAUACGGAGGGACCUGGAGUCUUACCACAAAGGACUUGCCCUCACAGGGAAACCUGGAGUAGGGAAAACAUGGCUGGCCAAACAAAUAACCGAGUCCGCUGUCAGUCCAGAAGGCCCCUUCUACAUGUCUCUUUGGAUGUCUCUGAGCCUGAAUCAAAAAAAGGACAAGAUGUCUCUUUUCCAAUCCAUUGCGCGCCAGUUGUCCAUCCCUAACUUGGGCAGUAUGUGGGAAGAUGCCGAUGACAUCGACGACGACGACAAAAGGGAGGAGGUUGCUGACGAAAAGCUGGAGGCAAAGGUAAGAGGCGGACUUAAUGAGAGAUACGAAUGUUACAAUGGGAAAGAGAAGGGGGAAAAAAAACACAUGUUUCUUUUGGUGGUGUUGGAUUGUGAAGGGGAGGUCAAAUCUGAAGAUUAUGAAGAAAUCAUGGAUCAAAUACUCUUUCCGAAGGACUAUAAGAAUGGCUCUGACAUAAAACGCCUUACCAGUUUCUUAAUCACAUCAAGGGAACUUGGAAACCCUGAUUUUAUCGAGAAAAAAGUCCAACCUUAUUCGGGAGACGAGGCUGUGGCUUUCUUAAAAGACAGGGUUAACAACCAUGUUUCUCUGCCUCUCAAGUUCCAAACAUUAUGUGCUGACAUUAAAAAGAGAAGCCAGGUUUUGCCUACUGAAAUUAUCAUGUUAGCUGAAGCCUUAAACCCCACUGCAACAGACCUGAACAAUGCUUUCGAUGCAGCACAUUUCAUUUUGAAGGCUGCUGAAAAUGAUGAUGUGAUUCCGCUUCUUCCUUUCAUUUAUGGCCAGUUGCCAGAUGACAAUUGCUUGAUCGAUUGCUUUUGGCAUAGCUGGAACUUGUUGGGGAAACAUGGGGGUGUUCAGUACAAUGAGCUGAUCGCUCGCUGGAUACUCGAAGGCCAUCUUGAUCUUGCUGAUGGUAUCAGGAAGGCUUACAACAAGGGAUACAAUGUGAUGAUGAAGCUUGUAGAUCGUGGCAUGCUAAAGAUGCAAGAGGACAAUCUUAUUGUUCUAGAAAAAGCGACGCUUGGUCUUGAGGACCGUAACUGUCGAGAAUUGUUCGAGAAAUCUAACCUGGGGUUGGCCGGCAUACUUGAGGAUAAAGGUCGCAAAGUUUUUGAAAGAAUGACACCUACUGAUGGCAUGAUGAAGACAGUGAAAGUGGACAAGAAAGGGAAAUCAGUCUCCUCGCUACUGAUUGAUGGAAGUCGUUUCUCGAGAGAAGAUCCUAAAAAAUUCUUUAAAGAAAAGCAGCAUCUCGAAGUUCUUGCCCUUUUCAAUCCCAGGCUGACAUGUAUCCCAGACCCCAUACCUGAAAUGAAAAAUCUGCUUCUUCUUGUCAUCAGAGGCUGUUAUCUACUUCAGACAGUCGAUUGCAUUAAGGGUCUCAAAGAAUUAAUGGCCCUUGAGAUAACUGGUUCACCCUUGCUCAAGGAAAUGCCAAAAGAUUUUUUUACUAAAAUGACCAAACUUAGAAGCCUUAAUCUAUCUGCACUGGGAAUCGAGUCAUUGCCUGAUGUUUUCUCUCUGACUAAACUUCGGAGGCUCAUCCUUAGAAACUGUACUUACUUGAAAGCACUGCCAAAGCUAGCCAGUCUCAAAGACCUCGAGGUAUUUGAUGUUUCUGGAUCCUCCAAUUUGAAAAGGCUCCAAGAAAAAAGUUUCCAAUCAUUUCAUAAACUUCGAUUCGCUGAUUUCUCUGGAACCAGCAUCGAGAAAUUACCAAUUGUUCAGACCCUUGCAAAUCUAACUGUCCUCUUGGUUAGAGGAUGUGUUUGUUUGUCUGGACUGCGAUUUAUGAAGCAUCUACACAAUCUCAAGGUUCUUGAUGUUUCAGGUGCUACUAAGAUAAAGGAGAUAUUCUAUGAUUGCUUUACUGAUACUGACAACCUAAAAAUCCUUGAUCUAUCAGAAACCGAUAUUAGAUUUUUACCUGAAAGCCUUGGUAAAAGUCUAUGUGAUCUCAAACUAAAAGGUUGUUCUAAGCUUGAAAGACUCCUGGACACAAAAAACCUCACUAGCCUAGAGUCACUUGAUCUUUCUGAUUGCUCUAGUCUAAAAGGGUUUCCAAACAACUUUUUUGAGCACCUAACUAGUCUUAAGUCCCUCGACCUCUCAAACUCCCAAGUUAAAAGUUUUCCAUCUCAUUUCGACCUUCCCUUUCUUCGCCACCUUUUGCUGAAGAAUUGCUCAUUUGAAAGUCUUCCAGAGUCAAAAACCUUUGCCUCUUUUGACGAACUUCGUAACCUUGUAGAACUUGAUCUCUCAGGUUGUAAGAGCCCAGCUGAGAAAUUGCCAAGCUUGGAACAUCUUAUAGAACUUGAGGUUAUUAAUCUUUCAGGUUAUAAGGCUCUGUCAGAAAUAGAUGCAUCCUUUGAGCACAUGUCUUGGCUUCAAGUUCUCAAUCUCUCAGAAACCAAGGUUUCAAGACUACCAAAACUAAGCAAUCCCAGCAAACUCCGUUCCCUUAUCCUAAAUAACUGCACCCAACUCCGAACUUCUCCAGAUUUUGAUAUCCUUUCAGAACUUGAAGAGCUUGACCUGCGUGGUACAUGCUCUUUGACGAAUAUCAAGGCCGAAUCUUUGAGUUGCCUACCUCAGCUAAAAACACUCAGGUUAUCUAAAAGUUCUUUUGAGGCCAUUCAAUCUUAUUUACCAAAUUUGAAACAACUUGAGGUUCUGGAUCUUUCUGGAGAAGAUGUUGAGUUUGUGCCCUCUCUCGACAAUCUUAUCAGUUUACGCCAGCUUUUGCUAGGGGGUUGUUCGAAGUUAAAUAAGUUGCCACCACUAAAUUUACUGAGUGAGCUUGAGGUGCUUGAUCUAUCAGGUACCAAAGUACUAAAGAUUGGAGAAAAAAUUUGGAAUUUAAAAUUAAAGCGUCUUCAUCUACCGGAGGAGGCAAUUGAAGAAUUUAACAAUGGGAUUCAUAGGAAGAAGCUCGAGGACCUACCAUUAGAGCUAAAGUUGGAUCACUGUUAUGUCUCUAAGCAUUCAGAGAUUCCUCAAGGGGAUAAUGUGCCAAGAAUAAUUGUGCAGGGCGUAGAACUCCUCAAAAGUUUGAAGAAAGAUUCUGCAUUACUAGAGCGUAUCAGGCAUUCAAUUUUCUCUGUUCGAGCACAACCCAAAAAGGAGGACAAUUACAGUGAUAGUCGUAAGCAUAUCUUCAGUUGUAUCUACUCCAAGAUUAAAAAGCUUCCUUCUGAGGUAAAAGAUGACCAAUGUUUGGAAAUCCAAGGAUUUGAUGUUUUUCCUUCUGAUAUUGAGGUUCUUCUUGAGCAUGCCACAUAUGUCUUUUUGGUUGAAAAUGGUUUUUUGAAAAACUUGUCUGAUUUAAAGCCUGACAGCUUGAAGAACAUCAGAGGUUGUUGGUUAGAGAGGUGCAAUAACAUGGAAAAAAGCAUCUUCAUGGAGGCAGAUCUUGGGAAGUGGGGAACUCUUGAGAUUCUAUGGAUUUCGAACCUUCUUGAAUUGAAGAGUUUGUAUGAGGAGAAAGUACAAUCCCUAAGUUUUGGGAGCAUAAAGCAUUUGUACAUUGACUGCUGCCCAAAGCUUGAGACGGUUUUCCCAUCAUGGCUGAUCGCUGAAAACCUUGAAACUCUCCAAAUUACAUUCUGUGAUAAUCUAAAGACUUUGUUUGGAGAUAAGGGCUCAGACGAGGAGAAAGAGCAGACCUCAAAUCUAGAAGAUACGAGGCCCACAAACAAGAAAGAGCAGUAUACUACGGGUUUAGAAGACAAGAAAGUGCACGAAACCAAAAGUUCAGCCAAAGGAAAGGUGCAGCCGAAGAGUCCCAUAAAUAAAAAAGAGGAAGUGCAGCCCGAGACCUUAACAGACAAGGAAAAACAAGAGAAGGUGCAGCAGCCCGAGAGUUUACCAGAUAAUAAAGGGAAAGAUGCGCCUAAGAUUUUACUAGACAAGGAAGAGAAAGAGAAGACACGGCAGCCCGAGAGUUUACUAGAUAAGGAAGGGCAAGAUGCAUCCAAGAGUUUACGAGACAAGGAAGAGAAAGAGAAGGCACCGCAGCCCGAGAGUUUACCAGACAAGGAAGGGAAAGAUGCACCCAAGAAUUUACCAAACAAGGAAGAGAAAGAGAAGGCGCAGCAGCCCGAGAGUUUACCAGACAAAGAAGGGAAAGAUACACCCAAGAGUUUACCAGACAAGGAAGAGAAAAAGAAGGUGCAGCAGCCCGAGAGUUUACUAGACAAGGAAAGGAAAGAUGCGCCUAAGAGUUUAUCAGACAAGGAAGAGAAAGAGGAGGCGCAACAGCCCGAGAGUUUACAAGACAAAAAAGAUAAAGAUGUGCCCAAGAGUUUACUAGACAAGGAAGAAAAAGAGGAGGCACAACAGCCAGAGAGUUUACCAAACAAGGAAGAGAAAGAUGUGCCCAAGAGUUUACCAGACAAGGAAGUGAAUGAGGAGGCGCAUCAGCUUGAGAGUUUACCAGAUAAGGAAGAGAAAGAUAAGCCCAAGAGUUUACCAGACAAGGAAGAGAACGAGGAGGCACAGCAGUCCGAGAGUUUACCAGACAAGGCUGCAAAUCCAGUAAACAUGCAGGAGGAGCAGGCUGUGAGUUCAGCAGACAUGAAAAAGAUCAAACUCAAGCAUUUGCAUAUAUCCUAUUGCCCAGUGCUUGAAACUAUUUUCUCAUCAGAGGAAGUGCCUAGAAACCUCGAAAUUCUCCGAGUCAAGCAUUGUGAUAAGCUGAAGAGUGUGUUUCAGCUGGAGUUGAGCAACCAUGAAUUACCUAAGUUGGGCACAUUGCAUCUAUCAGACCUACCAGCUUGGGCUAGUUCUGGCUACGGGUUUAAAUUGAACGAAUUAGUGACAAAAAAUAUUAGAAUUAGUCGCGUUAAAAAACUUGAAGAUAUUCACCCAGAUAAUGCAUCGAUGGAAGCCACUCCAGGUUAUGAGAAUUAAGAUUCAAUGGAAGACAAAAAGACCUCAACAAAUAGCUAUGACAGAAAUACAAAAUAAAUAAAAAGAGGGCAGCCUAGAAGGUUUGAUCAUGUGAAAGAUGGAUAUGUGAAUAUGUGGUAAGUUGGAUUGAUUUGUUUUGAGUUUUUCCAAGUUUGAUGAGAUCUUGACUAUUGGUGCCAAAAGUUAAAUAACUGGUUAGGGGCACUUUAUACACUGUUAUUUCUGUAAACAUAUCAGUCUAACCAGCUAACCCUAUCCCAAAUAUUGAUUUCUGGUGCCACUUACAGGUGUUUUCCUAUUAAAAUAUACUAUCAUAAAUAAAUGCUGAUCCGAGCUGCAAGCUGCCUCCUAGUAGUAUACAGAAGACAAUAAAUAGUUUCAAAGAUGGAGUGUCAUGGUUAAACUUAAGUUACAAUAUCAUGUUUUAUGCUUAGUUUGAAGUGUUAGAAGGGUGCCCUUUGUUUUCAAGACUCAUAAAGUUUCAUGUAUGUACUACUAGUAUUAUUUAGUUUAAGCUUUCCAGUGUGCGUAUCGGAUUCAUUUAUUAGUUUAAGUCUAUGUUCCGGUGUCCUUCCAAUAAAUUUGUUAUUAUAGGCUUAAAAACCUUGUAUUUAUUUACCUGACAUGUUAUUUGUGUAUGUGUGAAAGUUUUAUUUUUCUUCAAA